AUGGCUGCUAAGAAACUAAGAAGAGCAAGGUUGUCUCAGGAGCUGUGUGAAAGGCUGAGUCGCCAUCAGAUCACCACCUGUCAGGACUUUUUAUGUCUUUCCCUCUUGGAGCUAAUGAAAGUGACGGGACAGAGUUACUAUGAUGUGCAGAAGCUUCUUUGUAAAGUCAGCCGAGCUUGUGCUCCCAAAAUGCAGACAGCUUAUGAAAUGAAACUGAGGAAGUCUGUCAAUCCCUCUUCAGCCUUUUUAUCCACCACGCUGCAUAGUUUGGAUAAAGUCUUGCAUGGUGGAGUGCCCUGUGGAUCCCUCACAGAGAUAACUAGCCCACCAGGUUGUGGCAAAACUCAGUUUUGUAUUAUGAUGAGUGUUCUGGCUACACUGCCUGUAAGCAUGGGAGGACUAGAUGGGGCUGUUAUAUACAUUGACACAGAGUCUGCAUUCAGUGCUGAAAG